CAGCCUACGUCAGGACGUACAGUGCGUGGAGGCGGAUCUGCACGCUGGUAGGAAGGGUAGAUGCAGUAACACAACAGCAAGAUCAAGCUGACGGCCCAUGGGCUCCAACUCUGCGCGACAGACAUCAAGUCUGUCAAACCGAGCUUCACAAGUAAACCUUUUGCAAGAAAAGCGAUAAACAACUUUUUGGUGCGAAGCCAGACUGAGCUGAUCACCAGUAUGUGGAUAACUCCCGAAGAGGUGUUGCUUGCCAACGCUCUGUGGGUUAGCGAAAGGGCGAACCCCUUCUUCAUUCUUCAGCGAAGAAAGGGACAUGGCAAAGGAGGAGGCUUCACUGGGUUGCUAGUGGGUACGCUGGAUGUUGUAUUGGACUCCAGUGCUCGUGUGGCUCCCUACAGGAUCUUGCAUCAGACAGGGGACUCUCAAAUCUUCUGGAGCAUUGCCUGUGGCACUUCCAGGAAAGAGAUCACAGAACACUGGGAGUGGCUGGAGGCCAACCUGCUACAGACGCUGUCAAUCUUUGACAAUGAAGAUGACAUCACCACCUUUGUCAAAGGGAAGAUACAGGGUAUCAUGGCAGAGGAGAACAAGAGCCUGCUGGCACAGGACGACGAGGACUCUGGGAAGUUCCGUGAGGCAGAGCUGAAGAUGAGGAAGCUGUUUGGUAUGCCCGAGGAGGAGAAGCUGGUCAACUACUACUCCUGCAGCUACUGGAAGGGUCGUGUGCCGCGGCAGGGCUGGCUCUACCUCACUGUCAACCACAUCUGCUUCUACUCCUUCCUUCUAGGAAAAGAGGUGACUCUGGUGGUGCAGUGGACGGACGUGACUCAGCUGGAGAAGAACGCCACGCUGUUGUUCCCGGAGAGUGUGCGCGUGAGCACGCGCGGCACGCAGCACUUCUUCUCUAUGUUCCUGAACAUCAACGACACCUUCAAGCUCAUGGAGCAGCUGGCCAACAUCGCCAUGCGCCAGCUGUUGGACAACGAGGCCUUCUCCGCCGACCGCACGCUGCCCAAGCCCUGCAAGACGCUCAAGAAUGUCUCUGCACUCAAGAGGGACCUGGAUGCCAGGGCAAAGAAUGAGCGCUACCGGGCCCUGUUCCGUCUGACCCAGGACGAGCGUCUGGACGGGCACACGGACUGCACGCUCUGGACGCCCUUUGCCAAGAUGCAUGUGGUGGGCCAGAUGUUUGUGUCCAACAACUACAUCUGCUUCGCUAGCCGAGAGGAGGACAUGUGCCAGCUCAUUAUCCCUCUGAGGGAGGUGUCAAUUGUUGAGAAGGCGGACAGCAGCAGCGUCCUCCCCAGCCCGCUGUCCAUCAGCACCAAGAACAAGACGAACUUCCUGUUUGCCAAUCUGAAAGACCGGGACUUCCUUGUGCAGCGCAUCUCCGACUUUCUGCAGCGCACCCCCGAGCGACUGUGGAGCGAAGGCGAUCAGCUCCCGCUGAGCGGCCAAUCAGUGAGUCAGUCAUUCAGUCGCUGGAGCAGACAAUUGGCCGAUUUAGGUCUCAGUCAGCAGGAGACUCCGAGCCCCACCACCCCAACCUUUCCGUCCAGCCCUCCCUCUCUGGGGUCGGGGGAGCCCCUGCAUCGCUACUACAGCUCUGACCUGCCCACCGCCAAGCAUGGCCUCCUCCACAUCUACCAGAAGGACGCGCCAGAGGAGGAGAUGGGCCCCAAGGCUGCCAAAGAGAAGAUGAAGGAGGAGUCCUGGAACAUCCACUUCUUUGAGUUUGGGCGUGGAGUGUGCAUGUACCGCACCUCCAAGACCCGGGAGCUGGUGCUGAACGGCAUCCCAGAGAGCCUGAGGGGAGAGCUGUGGCUGCUCUUCUCUGGAGCUCAGAAUGAGAUGGCCACUCACCCGGGUUAUUACGCCGAGCUGGUGGAGCAGGCCAUGGGCCGCUGCAAUCUGGCCACGGAGGAGAUCGAGAGGGACCUGCACCGCUCCAUGCCCGAGCACCAUGCCUUCCAGAACGAGAUGGGCAUUGCCGCGCUCCGGCGCGUACUCACGGCGUACGCCUACCGCAACCCUAAUAUCGGCUACUGCCAGGCAAUGAACAUAGUGACGUCUGUGUUGUUGUUAUACUGCACAGAGGAGGAGGCAUUUUGGCUGCUGGUGGCCCUGUGUGAGAGAAUGUUACCUGAUUACUAUAACACCAGGGUUGUAGGGGCUCUGGUGGACCAGGGUGUGUUUGAGGAGCUGACGCGUGAGUGCCUGCCGCUGCUGUACGAGCACAUGCAGGACCUGGGCGUGAUCUCCACCAUCUCGCUGUCCUGGUUCCUCACGCUCUUCCUCAGCGUCAUGCCCUUCCACAGCGCCGUGCUGCUGGUCGACUGCUUCUUCUACGAGGGCAUCAAGCUCAUCUUCCAGGUCUCCCUGGCCGUGCUGCAUGCCAACAUGGAGCAGCUCAUGGCCAGCAACGACGAGGGGGAGGCCAUGACCAUCCUGGGCAGGUAUCUAGAUAAUGUUGUGAACAAGCAGACGGUGUCUCCGCCCAUUCCCCACCUCCAUGCCCUGCUGACCAGUGGGGAUGAGCCGCCCCCUGAGAUUGAUGUCUUUGAGCUCGUCAAGUCGUCCUAUGAGAAGUUUGGCAGCCUCCGCGCUGAUGUUAUCGAGCAGAUGAGGUUCAAGCAGAGGUUAAAGGUCAUCCAGUCCCUGGAGGACACGGCCAAAAGAAGUGUGGUGAGGGCCAUCAUGACUGACUCGGCCUUCAGCAUCGAGGAGCUGGAGGAUCUGUAUGUUCUGUUCAAGGCCAAGCACAUCAUGAGCUGCUACUGGGGCGCGAGCAGCACUGCGACGGAGCGCCACGACCCGAGCCUGCCCUACCUGGAGCAGUACCGCAUCGACCCGGGCCAGUUUGGCGAGCUCUUCUCGGUACUGGGGCCCUGGGGCUGCGGCGUGCACACGGCCACGCUGUCCUCCCGGCUCUUCCGCCUGCUCGACCAGAACAAGGACGGCCUCAUCAACUUCAAGGAGUUUGUCACUGGCCUCAGCGGAAUGUAUCAUGGAGACAUGACCGAGAAGCUCAAGAUCCUGUACAAACUCCAUCUGCCUCCAGCCUUGUGUCCAGAAGAGGCAGAGUCCGCACUGGAGGCCACACAAUUCUUUACAGACGAUGACACACCCGAGGAUUCUCCCUUCCUGUCUCAUCUGGAUUUCCUGGUGCAGGAAGUCACUGAAGGUGAAGAGGUUAAGGAGGCAGGAGACUCUGGAAAUGGAGACUCUGAAGACAAGAAAGAGGAGAAAGUAAAGGACUAUAAAUAUUACCUGAGGAUGUGGGCCAAAGAGAAGGAACCCAAAAAAGAGACCAUCAAAGACCUGCCCAGGAUGAACCAGGAGCAGUUUAUUGAGCUCUGUAAGACGCUCUACAACAUGUUCAGCGAGGACCCUCUGGAGCAGGAGCUGUACCAUGCCAUUGCCACUGUGGCCAGCCUGCUGCUGCGCAUUGGUGAGGUGGGCAAGAAGUUUACCAACAAUGGGGCCAACAAGAAAGUUCUAGAACCCCAACCUCAGCCUCAGCCUUCAGUCGACGGCCCCGAGAAGGAAGACUCCAAUGGGGAAGGCAGCUCGGCACAGUCCCUAAUCUGCAAGGCCCUGGCGGAGGCCCAGCUGGAGUCAGUGGGGCCCCCAGGUGCGACGUCAGGAGCCGGAGGCUCGGACGAGGAAGGGAAGGACGACACGUCGGUCUCGUCCUAUUCGGUCGUGAGUGCCGGCGAGCUGCAGUGCGAGGACAUCGCCGACGACACCGUGCUGGUCGGCUGUGGUGGAAAUGGGUCAGGGGAUAGGAGGCGAGGGAGCGCGCCGGAUGCCGACUGGUCCAUCACCUUUGAGCAAGUUCUGGCCUCCAUGCUGACGGAGCCGGUCCUGGUGGACUACUUUGAGAGGAAGCGGGACAUCCUAGCCAAGAUGGCUGCCUGCAAGAUGCAGAGGGCUGUGGAGAGGCAGACCAGCUCCUCGAGCGACCACGAGCUGGCCCAACUCUCCACUUGACAACCCCCCACCCUCCCCCGACAAGUGAGGGCGAGUUACACUCUCGCACACACAUACACCCAUACUUGUGUGCGUGUGAGGGAGAGUGUGUAUGGACACACAUCUGUAAUACUAGGUGUACAGUGCGUGUGAAUGUAUGUCCUGGUCAGCAGACAAACAUGCAUGUCUGACAAGCGCAUGCACUUAAGGAUGAUAUUCCGCAUCUGUGUGUGUGUCUGUCAGCUUACGCAACAUGAUGGGCAAAAGUGUUUGUUUGCAGACACAGGCAAUGGCCUUGGUUUGCUUUGGAACCUCAUGGCUGAGCUCCAUUUUAUUCCAUCCCAUUCUAGUCUACAGCCCAGAUGUGUCCAUCCUGUCCAGGUUUGUCCGACCAUCGGUAACUAGACACUGAUACGGUCAUGGCUUCCAAAAGCUGUGAAGUUGCCCAUUGUUCUUUAGCCAUGAGCUGCCAUCUACAAGUCGACCUAUGGGCCGUGCAGCCCCAUCUCAGAGGUUGAUGUUGAGGGGUAUUGUCACCUCAUCUUAACAUGAGGCCUUGUAUCACUGUUCUUUUGCUUUGUUUUGUCUUUUCUCCGAUGUUUUGUCUGUUUUUCAUUGAUAGACACUAUACACAUCCGUAGGGAAAAUAACACAGUGGGGCUGUCUCAGUCUCAGAGUUUCGUCUUGACCCUCAUCACUGUAUCACUUAUGUGCCAUUAUCUGGAUUGACCUGUACAGUGAAGCAGUAUUUCAGUCUGGUGUGUCCGAACUGAACUUACACUAAAGCUUUGCGACGUUAGACUGUCAGAUGUUGUUUUGGGGGCAGAUUUGUCUUCGAUAUUCCCUGCAGUGGGCGCCAGGAUAGGAAUACGUUUAGGAAUGAGGCUCAGCUGUGGCUUCUUAUCCACCCAAAGUUUCAGUGGAAGCACUUGAGUUCACUAGGAGCAAUGUCUGGAUGCCAGCACGUGCUGCUUUUCAUAACUGUGUGUACAUUUGUGCCAGUCGUCGUCUUCUGUCGAUGAUAACAUUUCAAGCUUCCCUGCUGAGGGCUUUGCAUAGCGAACGACCCUUCAACGACUUUCAACGCUCAAAACCCCAGCGCAGAACUGCCCCCCCCCCCCCCCCCUUUUUCUGAUGAAAAACGUUACUUAAAGUUGUUCCGGGGCCAGUACCAUAUCCAGUAAGAUUAUUUAAAGUCUACCUCUAAUUGGAUAAAUGACUCGUGUCAUUGUCAUCGUGUCAUCAGCAACCUCAUGUAAGAGGUGUUUGUUGAGGUGGUCAGUAUUAGUAAGUCAUUUUCAUUUGAAAGAUUGCCCUGUAAAUCUCUACUCCCGGGGUAUAAUUGGACCAUAGCUUGGUAAAAAUAUAAUAAUGCCAGGCAACGUUUUAAUGUCUUUCAAAGAUGUAACACUAUCACACGGGUCUCAUGAAUAUGAUGCACAAAUUAGUUUACUUUAAUACCGGUAGUUACAACUGUUUCCCUCGAAUCUAGUGAAAAUCCCAAUGCUUGCACAGUAUUUGUAAACUGUUCUUUGUGCGGUUAAACAGUAUUACAAACGGAUGAAGAGGAUCUGAUUGGUUGAUGGUGUAAGACCAGUCUGUAUUAUUUGCUUAUAAAUUCUGCUGGCUUCUAGAGUUUUUAGGCUGCUUGCGCUUUGUUUCAAAACAUCUCACCAAAUCUAAAGUAAUUCAAUUACAUGUACCAUUUUUCUUUUAAUUUGAAUUUGUUUUCUAUAACUGAUUACUUUUCCUCACUGCUCAACACACAUAUCUGUAUAAAUAUAUGUGCUUAUCUUUAUGCAAAGCUAUUUGUUUUUCUUAAGCUGUAAAUAGAAGCAUAUCAUAUUUUCUUAUAUAAAGUGUUUAUUGUUAAAAGUCUAUGUAAUAUGAUGUGACUUUUCACUAAAAUGUUUUCCCCCCUCUUUUAAAUAGCAUUACAUAUUCUCCUCGUUCAAAGGUAUUAUUUUAUCGUUGUAAACAAGAUUGUUAUUCAAUAAAGUACCUUAAUUUUA